AUACUUAUCAACAUAAAACUUGCAAUACUUGUCGUUACAAUUCUUCUUUGCAAUACAAACAGUCCAAUAAACCUAAUACUGAAACUAAUUCUUUAACGGCAAAAGAAAUGUCAAGACUGUUGUAUGAAAAAAUUUUAGCUGCAAAUAUAAAUGAAUAUUUAAAAAAUGAUUCAAUGGGCAUUGAUUUUGAAUGUGAGCUUUUAAUUGACACUAUGGAUAGUGAUUCAAAAACAUUAUCAAAAAAAAUUGUUGAACUAAUAGGCGAGAGUGUGGAUAUUAUUACAUCUAUAGAAAUUCUUAUAAUUCAAAAAAAUCAUCUAAUAUUUUAA